AAUGUUUAAGUGUCAGUCAUCAGUAGAUCAGUAUGGAGUUGAUUUCUCUUCCUUUAGUUAUCUUGUUGAUUUUAAAGAUCCACUCUGGACAAACUGAAGAAAGACUGAACUCUCAAUUGUUUGUUUGGCCUGCUGAUCAUGUAUUCAGAGGAGAAUCUGUCACUCUCACAUGUGUCAUCAAUGGAGAAGGAGUCAGCAGCUGGCAGUACAGAUGGUAUAAAGAUUCAAUCAUCCAGCAGAAUAAACUUCAGUAUUACACAAUCAGAUCUGUUACUGAGUCUGACGCAGGUAAAUACACCUGUAAAGGAAAAGACACCAGCGGAUCACAAUACUCACACAUCAGUUAUGCAGUUACACUGACAGUAUCAGCUUUAUCCAGAGCUACACUGAGUGCACGUCCAGACAGAUCUGUGUUCACUGGAGAGACAGUCAUUCUGAAGUGUGAGAUAGAGAAUCAGUACAGUGACUGGAGAUAUCAGUGGUAUAAACGCGGAAUUGCAGUGCUUUCUUCUGACCAUUACACUGUAAAAAGUGACUCUCUCACUAUCAAUGGAGUUACUAAUUCUGAUCAGAGUGAGUUCACGUGUAUAGGAGAGAGAGAUGGACGACCACAAUAUUCACAAUUAAGCUUGGCUGUUUUUGUCUCUAUGAAUGCUUUACCCGGAGCUACAGUGAGAGUAACACCAGCGAGAUCUUUGUUCAUUGGAGAGACAGUCACUCUGAAGUGUGAGAUAAAGGAUCACAAUAACUGGACAUAUCACUGGUAUAAAGACAAAACUAAAGUGUUUAACACUGCCCAUUACAUUGUAAACAGAGAUUCUCUCACUAUCACUGGUGUUACUGAAUAUGAUCAGGGUGAGUUCAGCUGUAGUGCAGUGAUAGAUGGACGACCACAGACUUCACAUUCAAGCUCUGCUGUUAAUCUCACUGUGAAUGCUUUACCCAGAGCUACAGUGAGAGUAACACCAGACAGAUCUGUGUUCACUGGAGAGACAGUCACUCUGAAGUGUGAGAUAGAGGAUCAGUACAGUAACUGGAGAUAUCUAUGGUAUAAAGACACAACUGAAGUGUUUAAUUCUGGGCGUUACACUGUAAACAGAGACUCUCUCACUAUCAAUGGAGUUACUGAAUCUGAUCAGGAUCGGUUCUGGUGUAGAGGAGAGAGAGAUGGACGACCCUCAUCCUCACAGUACAGUGAUCAUGUGACUCUCCCUGUUAAAGGUGUUCAGGAGGCGAUGUCUGGUUUCAAGAUUUUCACUUUUCUGCUGGCAGUUUGUCCAUAUCUGUUAGCGACAGUCAUACUGGUUUUCAAAUGCUGUAGACUGAGAGGUGAAACAUCUGUCUGAUUAGGUUGUUAUAUUUACUAUUGCGCCUAAAAACAUCAUCUAAUGUCCAGUUAAUGGCACUAAUUGUGUUACAGUUCUGUUUGUUGUUUCUGUACGUUUCCCAUUGUUGUCCCUUUCAUUGUCAUUUGGACUCCAUUCCCCAUCAUCCUCUGCUCUCCCUCACCUGAUCAUCAUUGUUAAUCAUCACCACCUGUCAGCUAUAGGGUUGGGUAUGGUUAGAAAUUUUCCUGUUCCGAUUCCGGUUCCAGUUCUGCCUAACGAUUCUCGGUUCUGAUUCCGGUUCCAUAUAAUAAAAUAAAUACUUAAACAAUUCCAUUUGUGUUUAUUAAUCACUGUGAAAAUAUUUUAAAUGUAAAGUGAAUUCAUAUUUUCAGUCACUAUAUAAUUUAUUCCUGUUAAA